UCAGUGUAAUCAUCAGUUUGUUACUGACGAUAGCUGUCUGAAAUGUUCCUGCGUUCGUUGCCAAACUCCAGUAAAUGUUCUGUUCAUCACUUUACCAUCUUGUACAUAAUCAUAUGAGGAAGUGGAGUUUGGGACACAUAUGGCUGUGUAUGAUGAGAAUAUCCUAAAGAACCCUUUUUACCUGGCCCUGGAAAAACACCGACCGGACCUGUGCAGCAGGGUGGCAGAACUUCAUGGCAUUAUCCUGGUACCGUGUUGUGGAAGUUUACCAACGGGCUCUUUUACAGCAGCUCAGUUUGACGAAUACGUGCUUCAGCCUGCUGAACAGGGUUACAAGACGCUAGAUGGAAAGGAAGUGUCUAUAGACAAUAACCAGGUCCGUCUGGGGGAAGGGUUUCCCAAUCCCACCUCUGUCCCCAUCCUGUUUGAGGAGACUUUCUACAAUGACAAAGAGCAGGCCUACAGCAUACUAUGCAUCACAAGACCCUUCAAUUCUGACCACAGCCCUGAGGAGUUGAGUUCUGUUUCUGCUCUGUACUGUCUGAAGAAUAUUGAGGAAGUAAGGGAAUUCUUGGGCCGCCAUGCUGAAAAACUGGACAAGUUUGUGGCAACCUUCUGUCAGUCCUUCAAAGAACAAGAGAGGAAGGGCCUACGACAUCACAUAGACUCUGUAAAUACCCUUUACACAAAAUGUCUUCAGUGGCUGUUGAGGGACUCUCGUCUGAGGCUUUUGGCGAGACAGGAGAUACAGAUGACUCUACUCAAACAAGCAGUGGAGAUGUACAUCCAUCAUGGCAUCCAUGAUCUACUCUUUAGUUAUGUGGGGACUCUUGAAGCAAGUCGGGAUGCAGCUUUCAACAAAACAACACGAUCCUUACAGGAUCUACAACAGAAAGAACUUGGUGUGAAGUCAGAAUUCAGUAUAAAUAUUCCUCGGGCUAAGAGGGAAUUGAGUCAGCUGAACAUCUGCACAUCUCCCUUGCAGAAACUGCUCUGCAUAAGGAAAGUUAUUUUAACCAUCAUGCAGUCAACCAGACGCCGAGAUACAGCGGUGAGCAUUGAGGCCAUGUGUGCUGAUGAUCUUCUGUUAGUCAUUCUCUAUCUGCUAAUCAAAACAGAAAUUCCGAACUGGAUGGCAAAUCUGAGUUAUAUAAAAAACUUCCGCUUCCGUAACUCCAGUAAGGAUGAUCUGAGUUACUGUCUUACCUCGUUUGAGGCUGCUGUGGAGUACAUCAGCCAGGGGAACCUCACACAGAUCACUCUGGGGUCAGGAGAUAGACUGUCCUUCAGACAGAAGGUGGACCUGCUGUCCCCAGAAUGCUACGCCUAUAGAUCAACUGUUUGAGCACAUUGUGAGCGGAAAUGAGGCAGAAGUUCAGCGUUUGCUGAGUGAAAGCGAGAGUGAGGAGGAUGGGAGGAAGUUAUGUCACCCACUCUGUUCCUGUGAUGCCUGUGACCUCCACAUCUCAGGUGAAGUGACGUACAGCCAAGUAUGGUGUCCCAUACUCACCCAUCCAAGUGCACACACCAUGAACACACACCAAGAGCAGUGGGCAGCCGUUUUUGCUGUGACGUCCGACGGGUGAUUGGGGGUUGCUCAAGGGCACCUCAGUUGUGGGUAAUGAGAGUGGA